GGUGAUUUCGGUUGUGUGUUCUUCUCCACUGGCUUGCGAGUUUUUUGGAGGGUGUGAACUAUGUCCGGUCUGCAGUGAACGCUUCAUAAACUGGGGUUCCGUUGAACUUUGAGGCAGUUGAAGAUACGCUGCCGGCAGGGCAGGACAUGCUCGGUAGGUGUGGUGUAAGGUCCUCACCAAAACCAAGUCUUCUGAACUCUGGUUGGACACUGGAGCUUCAGGGCAAACCAGGAGAUUUCUUAACAUCCCCUCUCCGGUGCACACGCACAGCCCACCCCAGCGGCGGAGGCUUCUCGGGGAGCCUAAGCACAGAGUCACAGCGCCAUCUCCUGCCAAGAUGGGGCACUGUUCCUCAAGAGAGGUUGUCUCCAAAAUAGACAGAUACAAAUCAAAAAUGAGAACCAGCUUUCAGAGGCUUUCGGGUGAGUGCAACUUUUUCCAGUUGCCUGGAAUCCUGGUUCAUCCACACCAGAUGCCUCCAUAUGCUGCCGGAGUUCAACCCCAACCAGAUCAGGGUCAAAUAUCUGAGGUGUGCCCUAGCCCCCAAGAUUGGGCCCCUGGGUCUGCCUCUGAAAAAGUUUGGUGAUAACAUGACCAAAGCGACUGGUAAAUGGAACAGUCUGAGGGUCACAGUGAAGCUGACCAUUCGAAAUAGACAGGCCCAGACUGAGGAGGUGCCUUCUGCCUCUGCCCUGAUCAUGAAGCCCUCAGAGAACUGCCAAGAGACAGGAAGAAGAAGGAAGGAAGGAAGGAAAGCACACAGUGGAAAUGUCACUUUCAAUGAGAUUGUCAACACUGUCCAACAGAAGUGGCACCGAUCCUUAGCUAGAGAACUCUCUGGAACCAUUAAAGAGAUCCUGGGGAAGGCCCAGUCUGUGGGCUGCAGUGUUGGUGGCCGCCACCCUCGUGACGUCAUAGAUGACAUCAGCAGUGAGGCAGGGGAAUGUCCAGCUAGUUCACAACGACAAAGAAAAAUGUUUCCAUUAAAGAUCAUUUGACGACCACGACAACAGCACCAGGAAGAGCACCGGCCUGCUCACAACAAAACUGUGGCAGGGCAAAACCCAACACUGGCAGCGGUGGGGAGGAGCCGCUGCGUGCGCUGGGGCACCUCACACCCUACGGUGCCUUCUGGAGGGCGUGCUGACACUGCAGGUCAGACACUUGCACCAUCUGACUUCUGGGGUGACACCCAGUGUCAGUUAGUGAAGAGAAACGAAAUAACCUGCUCUGUGCACGCACGUGUGAUUACAUUGUAUUUUCUAUGUUGGUGAAGAGCUGGAAUCCUAGGUAAGGCCCAGACCUAAGUAGGUGUAGCUACACCAGGUGCGAUUGGAAACAGGGGACCAUCUCUGUAAACUAAUCCCAGGUGACAAAAAGGACACCCCAGAUAUUAUUUGACAGUAAAGUCUAUGAAACAGGAACAGUGCACGCAGCAGUAAGGAUCAGAAGAGGAUUCCAAAUCUUAGAAGUAAUGGAAAAACGCAAUAAAAAUAAGCUUAAAAAAUCUUAGAAGUAGUUGAUGUUCUUCAACACG